AUGAGUUCCAGCUCUUCUUCAACUUCAACCGAUGUUGCAAACAGUUCCGGUAGUGACAAUGGUGAUGAUUCGGUUUCUACACAAUCCAACCGCAGUUCCUCUUCAGACUCCGUGUCCCUCAUCUCCUCUACUUGUUCCAUCACUGACCGCAUAAGGGAAACAGGAGGGGGUUGUGGUGAUGCGGUAGCAACGGAACGCUUGGAACGGGAACAGCGACUCCGGAGGUUACUUUCACAGCGCAAGGUCGGAAAUACGGUGCCUUUGCAUGACGGAAAAAUUGCAGAGCCUUUCUCUAUGCGGAAAGGUACAUUGGACCCGGAUGACGGUGUAAUUCUGUCCACUUUCUCCAACGCUCUCCUGUUCCAGCGGCUUCUCUCAGUUCUGUCGAGUUCAGAUGCCCUAGCGCGUUCGCAGAGCUUCGAUGAAGUGUUGGCUGUAGCGAACCCAAUCUUCUUCCGCAAACUCAAAGCUCCUUUAGGUGAAGGCUCGACCGAAGCAUCGCAACCGCAACACUUCAGACCUGUAGUGCAUAGUGAAUGUGCACAACUCGACCGCAGUGGCAUAGUGGUACACCGUCGUAAGCGUGAGCGACACGGUCACUGGGUUGCGGCAGGGGAAAAGAAGUCCGCAAUGGGAGAUUCUUCUGGCGUGCGCACGAUGUCAACCUCUUCAGGUCUCAUCCAAAAGUCACAUGCGCAGUGGGAACGGUACCUUACGAAGGAGUUGCAAGAGGAAGGUGUUUCCCUCCAGAGCUUCAGGCAACAGCGCCAGGACGAUAGUUACUUGGAGAAGCAGAGAUUUCUGGAGCGCUCCCAGUGGGCUGAAUACCAACAUGAACUACAGGUGGAUGCACGACGAAGGGAGCUGAAGGCAAGCCGUGCUAUUCGCCGUGGCGAAAGUGAGAUGAACUAA